GACCCGCCGCAGGCUUCACCUCUCAGCAGCAGCGCCAGCAGCAGCAGCAGUGGCGUCGCGACGGGCCCCAAAACGCUGUGAGAAUGGUGGGCGCCGCGGGGCCCUUGUGUUGAGAUUUGGCCCGAGCCCGGAGGCCCUUCCGCAGCAGAAUUGCCUGCAGGGGCGAAGUUUUCGAAGGAGCAGAAGACGAAGGAGCAGGUGAAACAGAAAGUCAGAUCGGGACGAAUGAGCCGGUUUGGCUCCGUCGCUGCGCUAGUCCAGGUAGAAAGGGGGAAAAGAAAAGGUGGGUCCGAAUCAUGUUGUCCACUGCACAACAUAUCCCCGAAGACGGCGAAUUCGGAGCCAUCAGGCGCUGUUGGGGCCAUUGCGGGCUGGUGAUUGGUGGUGUGGUGUGUGUAUAUUUGGUGUUCUUGAGCUCUUCUUCCGAGUCGGGGCUAUGUUUGUGGGAUGGGGAAGGCAGCUGGGCACGUCUGGAGAUUCUGCGGCAGACGGGCGUGUAGGUGACGGCGACGUGCUGCGAUGCCCAUUGACUCCAUGUUCCUGUGAAGAGGAGCGCGGACUGUUGGUCUUGAUUAGAAGUCGGCUGGAUAUGAGACAAGCUUCCGAUUCUGUUGUGGAGAAUCUGAGGAGUGGUUUGAAGUUGGGCUCGGGGGACGUGUCGGCGAGGUCAUGAGGAAUGAGGGGUAUGUAUUGGCUGAGUAGGUGGGUGACGUUAGAAGAGGUAGAAUUUGAGUUGAGCCCUGUUUGGUGAAGUUGCGACAUCGUGGUCGUUGAAGUUGAUUCAGGAUUUGUAGUUGUGGGUCAGUGGAACGCAGAGAAACGGCUUCUUCAGUAGUUUCGAAAAUCAGUCUCGAUUACAUUCUGGUGAUUGAAGAAUCCUAUAUUAGAAUGGCUUCAUAGGAUUUUCAAGAAAGAAGACGAAGAAUGAGGGCGGUAGGGAAAGUUUGAAGCAUCGUUGGUGCAGAGAUUUAGAUGGCGGGUAGACUUUAAGCAGGUGCUGGCGACCUUGGGCAGGAACAGAGGCAUUAGAUAUGGCUUCAACCUUAGACUUGCUAAUUCGAGGUCGAGAUGUAACGAAAUCUGCAGUGAUGCCUGUACCUCCUAAUUCUGGGGAAUGUUGUAAACCCGCGGGACCUCUCAAGCCUGUCGGGCUUAUUGCUAAAGAGCAAGUACUCAAGAAACAGGAAGGUGGUCCUUCGGCGGCGAAUCUUCGUCAUGUAAAGAAGUACAUAAGUGAAGCACGGCCCUUAGAGGAUGGAAUUGACGAAGUGGCGCUGCGUAAGCUUGUCAAAAGCUCCUCUUUCAAGAAGUUCGUCCAGCGCCUUGAACUCGAAAAUGAAGUAGUCGAGUUGCACAAGCAGCUUGAUCAAGAAGUUAAGCUUCGGAGUGCCCUAGAAAGAGCAGUCUCGCAUUCGUCCAACAUUCAGAUGCGUGAUUUUGUCUUGGACGACCUUCCUAACAAUGUUCAAAGGCUGCUGACCGACAUCACAAUGUUGGAGGUCGCAGUUCAGAGGCUUGAAACUCAAGCCGCAGCGCUUCAAUGGGAACUUGUGCACGAGCAGACAGAGUGCGCAGCAUUGAGUCAUACCUCAAACUCCCCACUCGAUGUGCCUCCGCACUCUGGAGUGACCAAAUCAGUAAUCGCUAUGCCGACAUCAGUACGAUCAGUUGAUGGUGUCACCGAAUCGUCGGCUCGUUCGGAAGUACCACCACCAUGUGUCAUAUCUAGCUCCCGGGCCACAUCUUCUGGACCUGCGACAUUGAAGGAGCUUCUGCGUAAACCCGCGCCAGAACCCGAACAAAAAUUACAUGUCCCACCCAAAUCUCCUCGACACAGUCUUCGGUCAUUCUGGAGCUCCCUUGACGGCCAGUCUCAAUCUUCUGUUCUUCCAUUGUCGAAGAAGGAUCGAACACGGACUGCUAGUCCUACCACAUCAGAGAGGAACCGUCGAUCAUCUCCGGAUUUUAAGACCUGUAUUCCAUCGUCUGUGACAGUGCCAUCCAACUUCUCUCUCUCCACGUCUUGGUCUCCUAUCACUCCUGGGGAAGAAGCGCGGAACACCACGCGCAUCACUCCUAGUGACCAAUCGGAUCUCCCAGUUGCCCGAAAAUCAUUGAAUCCUGUGAAGUUUCUUCCCUCUGCUAAGCGUCUCGCAUUUUGGAAUUUCUCGUCCUUCUCCGAGGACCGAUCCGCCAAACCAACCGCUGAAACAGAGCCAUAUUCCAUCUCUUUGCCGCGCGAAUGCUCUCCCAAACUUGGCGAGGAUUUCACAGAUGAUGCAAGGAUGCGUAAACUACGGCGAAGUUGGGGAAUUAAACGAUCUGAUCAAUCUCAGUCCCCCAGGUCUCCUUUGGACAACGCAAUCACUGCAUCGUCCACUCCCAGUACCUCAAAUCGAAGUGAUUCCUGUGUGGAAUCGGCGCGGAAAUCCUUCACAGAGUCUCCUCGCCGAAGUACUGAUAAGCUAGAGCUGCCAAAGGGCGGUAAUCGUCUGUCAGAGGAGAUGGUGCGUUGCAUGACUGACAUCUACUGCCACCUAGCAGAGCCCAGCUCUGAAUCCCAUGCCUCACAAAAGUGUCUUGUCUCAUCCUCUACACUCGACCCUCUCUCACCCUCGUCAUCCCCAUCUUCCCAGUCGAAUUCUUCUCUUGCGCCAGAAGCCCGAAGCCCAGAUCUAAACCUUGGACUAUUUGCGGAAGUGAUCGGGUGUGAUAGCACUCCGGAUCCAUACAAAGAGAUGGGGAAGUUACAAUGGGCUGACAUCGGCCCAUACACUUAUGCUCACGACGUGCCGUGGCUGUCUGUGAAAAAGGACCAGCUUGAAUACGUAGCGCUGAGUCUUGGAAGAUUCAAACUGCUGGUGGAGCAAUUAGCAAACGUCGACCCCACUGUCAUGUCCCACGAUCAAAAAUUGGCCUUCUGGAUAAACCUUUACAAUUCCCUACUAAUGCAUGCCUUUCUUGCAUACGGAAUUCCAAGAAGCGAUCUCAAGUUCUUCGAUCUCAUGCAAAAGGCAACAUACUGCGUUGGAGGACACUGGUUCAAUGCAGCUACCAUUGAGUGCCAUCUCCUCAAGGCCAAGAUUAUGUCACACCGACCACAAUUUCCUUCGACUAUGGUUCUCCACGACAAAAAGCUUACCGAGGAACAAAGUAAACAUGGGAUCGACAAGGCCAAUUUUAAAGUAAAUUUUGCACUCUCUUGUGGUGGCUACUCUUCCCCUAUGGUCCGAGUUUACACUCCGGAGCACAUCCAUGAUGAGCUCGACUGUGCAUUUCAGGACUAUUUGCAAGCUACGGUGGGCCUGACAACCAAGGGCCGCGUCGUGCUAUCUAAGCUUGUUUACAACUACGCACGUGAAUUCGUUGAAGAUGAUGCACUUCUCGAAUGGGUGUGCCGUUUCCUUCCUGUUGCGCAAGUGGCGGCCAUUUACGAGUGCGCGCAGCUGCGAUACCGAUCCCGGAUAUUCAGCAAUCCUGUAACUUUCGUGGUAUCCCCAUACAGCUUCGCAUUCCGAUACCUCUUCCCAAAACCUUUCAGCGGCGCUGCAGGUUUCACGACCAGUGAUUUUUUCUUAUCGUCGACGUGAAGGGAAAAAAAAAAAAACAAAACAAAACAAAACAAAAAACUGACGAUGUUAGAUUUCGUACUCAAGGUUCGAUCGUUAGAUGCUUCGUAGUUCUGAUGGAACAACCGAUUCACCAAGAGCCCCGUUCAGAAAACCUCCAAGUUGGGUUAUACUUUUGUGUAUGUCUGAACGUCACUUUCACCGUCUCAAGUGCUUGUUUUAAAAGAUUUAUUUCAUAUAUAUUAGAUGCAUAUGAACGUCACUUUCACCUUCUCAAAAGCUUGUUCCAAAAGAUUUAUUUCAUAUAUAUUAGAUGUAUAUGCCCACUUUGAUUUGAA